GCGCAUUAAGCUUAUCGAUAAGCCUGGCCACUAGUCCCAAACGGGCGCCCACGUAAACACCAAAACAUUCGGGCCUCACCGUGACUUCAGCUCUCUCUGUCACUUCUCUUUCGCUUCAGACUCCUGCUCUACUGCCUCUUUUCCUUUUCAUAUCGGAUACUUGUUCUGGUCUCCGAUGUCCAGUGACAGGGGCAGGUAACCCUCGCCCUUUUUCAAUCCUGUCAGUCUUUUCUCUCGCCGUUCUUGUCUCAUUGUUGGAUUCUUCGCCUUCUUAUCAUGUUCCUGUUCCCUCUACUGCACGGAUCCUAGUCCUUCCAUAACUCUCUUUCAUUUGACAACGCUGCGCCACUAGGGAGCUUCUUAUACCUUAUCGCGAAAGUGGCUCUAACCACCUUGGCGCAUUCUUUUAAUUGAUUACGCUCCUCAUUAUUCCUUACACUUAGUGAACCCCGGUGCGUUAUCUCCGACGAACGCCACCUUCCUCUUUCCUCGCUCCUCUACCGUGAUGGCCCCCAGCGCACCUCAGUUACCCUCCCGGUUCCCGUGCUGGUGUCGAGCUGUCUAUUCAUGGGGCGGAGAAACCAAACGUGACCUAGGAUUUGUGGAGGGAGAUCUGAUCGAAUGUCUAAAUGCCGGAGAUGGCCAGUGGUGGAUGGGUCGGUUACGGCGAGAUAGACGCAUGGUGGGACUAUUUCCAUCCAACUUUGUUGAAGUCCUAGGGGAAGAUUUUGUCCCAGUCAGUCGGACAACGACAGGUCCCUUGGUGCAAGCCGCUCAGUCUCCGAUCACGAAUCCCACUUCAGCUCCUAAAAAGCAAAAGACGGUCUUUAGAAGGCCUUUCCAAGCACACAAGGAAGCCCUCGCGCCCUCAGGUGAGCUCUCCAGGAAUGGGACUUCAGCAUCGCUCGUCAAAAGUUCAAUUCCGCAAACCCCACCUCGCGAUGGCAGUCUUUCCCGGAAAGUCAAGCCUCUGCGCACCCCCGCGAGCUCGGUGAGGCAAUCGACUCCUACAGCUAGGCCCUCUUCGCGAUCCAGGCCUCCUUCGCGCGCAAUAUCGCCCCGGCUUCCGCAAGAAUCUGAUCACUCACCAGUUUCCACACCCACCGCUUCGAGUAAAGCAGUCACUCGGUACAGGCCUCCAUCACGGGCAAUAUCACCCCGGCCUCCGCAAGAAUCCGAUCACUCACCAGUUUCCACGCCCACCACCUCGAGCCGAGCAGUUACCCGGUACAGGCCUUCAUCACGAGCAGUCUCCCCACGCCCACCCCCAGAAGCUGAUUCAAUAGUCCUUGCCAUCACUAACGGACAGGAUAUCGUGAAUCUCGAUCCUCCCUCUCGCGCGGUGACUCCUCAGCCUCUGGAUGGGUCCGAUCUCAUGCCACCCUCAGUACCUCGACACAGCGUAUCUUUGUCCCGACCAACAUCCCGCGAGAUACCUCCGCUCCAGCUCCAGGAACGUGAAGAGUCGCCACCACCUCCACCUCCGCCCCCACAUAGAGUCGCUGUCAGUCGUCAGCCGCCCAUAGAAACAACCGUCCCAACUCGCUACGACAUGAACGAUCGUUAUGUGGCAAUGCCCAGGACACCUUCUCCGGCUGCACAUUCAGACGUAAUUGGGCAUACACCUUCUCCGCUACGUGAUGCAAUGGAAGAUGUCAUGACGUCCCUGGAAGAUAUGGGAAUGUCCCGCGAGACUCAUUCUCCAUCUCCGCAGGCGAUGUUCGAUAACCCAUGGUCGCCGGAUGCUUAUGAGAGUUUGCGGGACAACCGGUCUUCACAAACCGUAAAUCGGCCAUUGACCUCCUUAGGAUUUGAUGGUGAUAAAGAUUAUCAAUAUCAUGGAAGCCAGCCGCGUCGUGGCAGCGUUUACUCCCAGGACCACUUUCUCGACGGACCCCCGCAGUUGAACAAUUACGUGCAAAGGAUGGAAAGUCGGCUUCGUCAAAUGCAGGAGCAAAACCGACGAGGAUCUGAAGACAUAGGAAUGCCAGAAGAUGAUGAGGCGCCGCCGCCUCCUCCUCCCCGAAAUAUUCCUUACCAUGGAAGACACAACUCUAUUCCGGCCCAGUAUCCUUUUCUAAAGAAUCGUCGAUCCGGGCAAGAUCUCAGAGCAGAUAUGCUCAACCGGAGCUACACUAACAAGUCGAGCACUACAAAUUAUUCGAGUGGGGUGCAGAGUACUAGUACAAACAUGACAACAAGCACCGAAAGAACCAGCCAGAGUUUGAUGAGUGGUCCAUCGGCUGGCGGGUUUAGUGCAACCAGUGCGGGAAGUUAUGCCCGGAGAGGAAUUGGAGCAAGUGAACGACCAAAUACCGCGCUAGAUACUUUCCGCACCAGAGGGUUCAGCGAUGUAUCAAGGAUUUCCCGACCCGAAACACCUCUGACCGGUGUAUCGUACCAUUCAAGUCAUAAUACAUCGCGACAGGGCGCUUCAUCAGCUAUGGACUGGUCAUCUUCGGGGACUGGGCCGGAUGAAUCUGCCGGGGUAUUUGGAGGCCUUUCCACCCCCAAAGCGAAGAAGCAGGGAUUCUUCAAGAAGAUCUUUGAAUCUGCAAAGACCGGUGCCGCUAAUGCCAGAAGUAGUAUCGCAGUCGGUCAAAAUGGCGGGUCCUAUUCACCUACGAAGGGAAGAGCAGUUUCUCCAAUCCGCUCCUCACACUCCCACCGUGACACGGCUCGUGAUAUGGGACUCGGCAGUAAUGGCAUAGAUUGGGUCCAGGUGCGGCGCGAUGUGAACCGGGCGAGCUCCCCUAGCCGAAACGAAAGGAUGGAGAGAGCAGAGCGGUGCCAGAUGAUGGAUCAUCCUGUAAUUUACGCGGUGGAGGAGCUUUACGAGACCGCUGAGGGUGAUGAAAGCAUUGACGGUUUACCGAUUAGUGAACCUACCAAUUUUGGUACUGUCAAUCUGUCUCUCGUCGACAAGAGUGCUCGCUUCGUUAAUAGCCUUCCCCCGAUGACCAAUCCCUCAAGUCUCGCACAGGGGUAUGUCUGUCGGCCCUACAAAAGUGAUGUCCAAAGGCUUCGCGCCAUCUUUACAUGGGUCAGCGAGAAAAUCGCUUGGGAUGAGCCAGUUGAAGAAGUUGAAAUGGAUCUUAAGAGAGUACUGCAGACGAAAAGAGGAAGCCCUCAAGAAAUCGCAUUCCUUGUCAGAGAAAUGUGUGCUGCAGUCGGCCUGCAUGCUGACGCAAUUAAGGGAUACCUCAAAUCUCCAGGUGAGCUGUUCGAGUUGGACAGCCUAUCUCGAGCAAACCAUUGGUGGAACGCUGUACUCGUUGAUGGCGAAUGGCGUAUGAUGGACUGUUCGUUAGCAAGUCCAACUAACCCGCGGAGAAAUCAGUUCGUUACCAAUAACUCUUCCACAGCUGAAGGUUGGUAUUUCCUUGCUCGCCCUCUUGAGAUCUGCUAUACACAUGUACCUCUUUCCCAUGAAGAGCAGCAUAUCUGCCCUCCUAUUUCCCCGGAUGUGCUACUGGCUCUACCGACAACCUGUCCGCCUUACUUCAAACUGGGCUUAGAGUUUCCUGACUACGAUACCAGUUUUGUCCGAAUUGAGGGCCUAGAGGUCUUGCAAAUCCGUCUCUUUGUACCUCCAGAUGUGGAAUGUGCAGCCGAAGUUGAAGCUCCGGCUUUUGCCCGUGACGCAGAUGGAGACUUUUUUGAGAGUGGUGAAGUGGUACACAAGCGUGCCUUGGUCCAGCCCGACUGGGUCAACGGUCAAAAGCGUAUCACGGUUAAGGCUGUCUUGCCAGGCGAUGAGGGACAGGGCACGCUCAAGGUGUAUGCAGGAAAGAAGGGAUUGAUGCAUUCCAGCCGGGAUAUCCCUCAUCCUUUAGCCCUUGCUCUCCCGGUAAUUCAUGUUGGGGACAAUCCACCUUAUGAUUUUGUGCUACGUCAUCCGACACCCCAUGCUCAACGUCAUGACUUGUAUAUCAUGCAGCCUCAGUGUGCAAGGCUUGCAGUCAACAAUACUUUCGUCUUCGCAGUACGCCAGCAUCCUUCCUCGCCACCGUCUGCAUCAGCCAGCAACGAGGUAGGUGUCAGUGGGCGCGUCUCUCCGUCCAUACUUUCUCGACCCGCCAGUGCACUGAGCAUGGUCUCCAGCUCUGCUGGUGGGUCUUCUGUGUCUACCGUCUCGAAUGAGUUUUCUGCUUCGACGUCGGCUAUCUCAUCCAGUCGGUCGAGCUCGGGGCGGGAGAAGCCGGCUAAACUAGCAAUACAAUCACCGUCAGGCAAGAUCCUGCGAUUGACUCGCAAAGCCGAUCAUAUGAUCAGCACUAACUCCGGCGCCGAAUCGGGUACCGAUGCUACGGCUGACGGAAGUGUCUGGGAAACGGUUAUCAAGAUCGGAGAGCGGGGGACGUGGAGAGGCUUGGUCCUAGCGGAUCGUGUCGCUCGAUGGUGUGUUUUCUGUGAAUGGGAGUGUUUCUGAAAUGUCGGAGCAUCUCUUCUCAAAUCUCGUUCGAAAUCCCGAUCUUAUCCUCCCCGAGGCCCAAUUUUUCUUCCAGAUCAUUCCC